AUGAGGAUAGAAGCACGACGAAAAAAUCUUCUCAUUUUGAUUUUGCACUAUUUAACACAAGAAGGAUAUAUUGAUACGGCCAAUGCUUUGGAGCACGAAACUAAACUGGGGUUACGACGCUUUGAAGUCUGUGACAACAUUGAUCUUGAAACUAUUUUGAUGGAAUAUGAGAGCUAUUAUUUUGUAAAAUUUCAGAAAUACCCCAAAAUUGUCAAAAAGGCGUCAGACACAGCAGAAAAUAAUUUACCACAAAGAAGUGGAGGGAAGACCAGAAGGAUGAUGAGCGACAGUAGUCAAAAUCUUCCCAGGAUCACCCAGCAGAGGCCACGAUCCAAAACCACCUCUGGGAAGACAGGGGACAGCAGGUUUCUCAACAAGGAGCAUCCUAAACAGGAGGUUAAUAACACCCACCUGGACAGCACUGACUUUGGCUUAAAUGUAUCCAGAAUCAACAAAGUCAGUGGAGAGGAAAACACCCACCCAGGAAGAGGCCAAAUCAUUGACUUCAGGGGGCUGCUCACAGAUGCUAUCAAAGGAGCAACCAGUGAACUUACGUUGAACACCUUUGACCGUAACCCAGACCCCUCAGAACGACUGCUGAAACCUCUGAGUGCAUUUAUUGGCAUGAACAGUGAGAUGCGAGAAUUGGCAACCGUUGUGAGCCGGCUUUCCUGGCUAAAUGUGUGCAGGCUGAUGUAUGGAUACCAACCUCUUCCUUGUUCCUUGUUCCCAUAGUAUCCACAGCUAUUUACAGGAAUUCUUUCCCCCUGGAAAGGACUACUGCUGUACGGCCCUCCAGGUACAGGAAAGACUUUACUGGCCAAAGCUGUGGCCACUGAAUGCAAAACAACCUUCUUUAACAUUUCCGCAUCCACUAUUGUCAGCAAAUGGAGAGGCGAUUCAGAAAAACUUGUUCGGGUGUUAUUUGAACUUGCCCGCUACCACGCGCCCUCCACGAUCUUCCUGGACGAGCUGGAGUCGGUGAUGAGCCAGAGAGGCAUGGCUCCUGGGGGAGAACAUGAGGGAAGCCUUCGGAUGAAGACAGAGUUACUGGUGCAGAUGGAUGGGCUGGCGCGCUCAGAAGAUCUCGUGUUUGUCUUAGCAGCCUCUAACCUGCCAUGGGAGCUGGACUGUGCCAUGUUACGCCGUCUGGAGAAGAGGAUUCUGGUUGAUCUCCCCUGCAGGGAGGCCAGGCAGGCCAUGAUCCACCACUGGCUGCCCCCUGUGAGCAAAAGCACAGCCCUGGAGCUGCGCACAGAGCUGGAGUACAGCGUGCUGAGCCAGGAGACUGAGGGCUACUCAGGCUCAGACAUUAAGCUGGUCUGCAGGGAAGCAGCCAUGCGGCCCGUGAGGAAGAUCUUCCAUGCGCUUGAAAAUCACCAGUCAGAGAGCAGCAAUUUACCUGGGAUCCAGUUGGAUACAGUGACCACUGCCGACUUUUUGGAUGUGCUAGCUCACACCAAACCCUCCGCAAAGAAUAUGACUCAGAGAUACUCAGCCUGGCAGAGAGAGUUCGAGUCGGUUUGA